AUUUGACUUCAAAAUUUAAUUGCUGUUUUGAGAUCAUCUCACCAUCAGAAGAUUUUGUGUGUUAAAUUUCAGAAAUUACAGCAAAGUAUUUGCAGUUGCCUAUUUACCACAGUCAAUAAACAGAAUUGAUUGAAACCAAAAUUCUAAAAUCACUUAAAUUAGGUUUAACUUCACAGUAUCCAAACUGCCUCCAAAUGGACAGGGACAAUUCCUCCUCCCAGGCACUGGUUUAUCGUCAGAAUAAUCAUGUACAGGUUCUGCACUCAUUUGAUGACAACUCCUGACUCCAACUGAUUGAGGUUCCUGUUGUGUCUUAGUGCACUGUUUCGAUUGCUGGGGCUAAGAUGGACCUUGUUCUCAGUGCCGCAGAUUAUUAUUUUUUUACACCAUACGUAUAUCCAGCCAGAUGGCCAGAGGAUGACAUCUUCCGACAAACUAUUAGUCUCCUGAUUGUGACAAAUCUUGGCGCUUAUAUCCUUUAUUUCUUCUGUGCCACAUUGAGCUAUUAUUUUGUAUAUGAUCAUUCAUUAAUGAAGCAUCCACAGUUUUUAAAGAAUCAAGUGUAUCGAGAGAUUAAGUUCACUGUACAGUCAUUACCCUGGAUAAGUAUCCCCACUGUUGCAUUGUUCCUGCUAGAGUUGAGAGGUUACAGCAAAUUAUAUGACAACAUAGGAGAGUUUCCAAGUGGUUGGUUUCACCUCAUUGUCAGUGUCAUCUCCUUCCUCUUUUUCACCGAUAUGCUGAUCUACUGGAUUCACAGAGGCCUUCAUCAUAGACUUGUAUACAAGCGUAUCCAUAAACCUCAUCACAUUUGGAAGAUCCCCACUCCAUUUGCAAGUCAUGCUUUUCACCCAGUGGAUGGCUUCCUUCAGAGUCUACCUUACCAUAUAUACCCUUUUAUCUUUCCGUUACACAAAGUGGUUUACUUAGGUUUGUAUAUCUUGGUUAAUAUCUGGACCAUUUCCAUUCAUGAUGGUGAUUUUCGUGUCCCCCAGAUUUUAAAGCCAUUUAUUAAUGGCUCAGCACAUCAUACAGACCACCACAUGUUCUUUGACUAUAACUAUGGACAGUACUUCACACUUUGGGAUAGAAUUGGAGGUUCAUUCAAAAACCCUUCCUCCUUUGAGGGGAAAGGACCACUUAGUUAUGUGAAGAAGAUGGCAGAAGAAAAAUGCAACAGCCCUACAGAAAAUGGUUGUAAAAAUGAAAAAUUAUGCAAUGGAGAAUUUACAAAGACUAAGUAAUUAUUGCCCAAUUAUUCUUAAAUAUUUUUAAUAAGGAAAAAUAAUCUACACACAGCCAAGAUACACAGCAAGUAAUUGGUAUCAUUUGAAAAUCAGCAUUGUGUGUUCAGCUAAGGAAUGGUGACAAAGGUAGGUCAAGGAAAGAUGGUGUGACCAUCAAGAUUAGAGUCUCAUGCUUAAAAUGCCAGAUGCUGGCCCAGGGGACAAUUUUUGUCUUUGCAGCCAGCAGAUCUGUAGUUUGAUUAGCCUCAAGAACAAUUCUAAAUAAGAUAGAAAAUAUACUACUAAGGRGAACAGGCUAUAUCCUUUUGCCUUAAUCCACCUGUAUUCAUUAAGAAAAAUUCAUUGUGCUUAAUAAUACAAGACUAAGCACCAUAACCAAAAAAUACUAAUAUAAAGAUGGUUCCUUGUUCCAGGAAUGGUUAAGUCUUCAGUGUUGGUAUGAUAAUGAAUAUUCAUAGGACUUCGUUCAAGUGGAAAUGUCAGUGUGAAAAAGAAAAUUUGAUAUAUUAGAUAGCUAUGUCAGUAAUUUAAUGACAGAUAUAAUAAAAUGAUUAUCUUCCUAUACAUAGGAGCCUCAUUUUCUGGGACACUGUCAAAUAGUCCAUUAUACUGAUGAAUAAAUAAAUGGAAAUUUUUUAAAAAAUCAAUUCUACCAUGAUUUAAUCCAGAUAUGGGAUUAUUUAGCUAGAGAUAUUGAUGCUUCUCAUUUAAAAACAUUAUUUAAUAAGUAUAAAAAAUGGAAUCUGAAUAUAGUUAGAGAAAUUUGAUGCCAAAGUAAUAUAUUUGGCACUACUGAUUUUUUAAAAUAAAAUUUAUGCACUGCACUUUUGAUAUGUUUCAAAGUUACAAAUCCAUCAUUGUUUAUAAAAGGAAGUAAUUGCCAAAUAUUUAGGUCUUCUUCUGAAGAUUUGUUUUGAAAUCUGAUUCUCCUACUUCUCUACUUUUCCCAUUGCCUCUGCAAAAAGGCUUAACAAAUACUUUCAUAAAGAAAUGUGUGUAUUGUAACAUAAAUAUAUUGGAAAAACAUGUUUUGUAAAGGCAUUCUACUAGCUGUUUAUCAAUCAAUAAAAGUUGAUCAUCCUGUUAUUAAACUGUAUCAGUUAAAUAUUGUAAUAGCACAAAAUAUGCUCUAUGCAAAAUCUGUGUCAAUUUGAAACCACAUAGUUGAUGUGGAUUGUUAAAACUAUUUUAGAACAUUCUAGAUGUUCAGUGUCAAUGAGAGAUAUUUCACAUCUUUAUUAGAUUUGAGUGUUUUAGCAAGAGACCAGUCAUAAAAUUUAAUGCCUGGGAUCCAGAAGAAAAUGUCUUUUAUUGUUACAUUGGUAAAAUGCCGUGUUACUUCACUGUACCAAUUAGCAUUUUAUAACAGAGAAUCACCUGAGUGCUUCUCACUAAUUCCCAACCCCACCACAGUGCUGCA